AUGUCCGCAAAAGACUAUUAUGAUGCUAAAGACGUAAAUAAUCAAAAUUAUCCACCUCCUCCACCUCAAUAUCCUCAACAAUCCUAUUAUCCUCCAUCAGGAGCUGCGCCUCCUCCUGGUGCUCCUCCUUCUCAGUAUCCUCCUGGUGCAUAUUGUAAUGGUUAUUAUUCUCAACCACAACCUGUCUAUGUUCAACAACAAUCGUCGUCAAAUAAGGCAGCAACAGGAUGUCUUGCAUGUCUUGCUGCUUGUUGUGCCUGUUGCAUGCUUGAAGAAUGUUUGUGUUAA